AUGAACAAAGAACUUGACGUGGAUUACUGCGAGGCCUUGGAAGCGCCCACGGGUUUUAGCAAGCUGUGCAAGGAUGCGUGUCGGUUCAACUGUUCGAGGAGAUUCGAUCAUAGCGAAAGGUGGCUUCUGUACAAGACUUACAGCGAGAUGGACGCGUACGACAGGAACAUGUAUCUGGGCUCGAUGAUGGAACCGACGACCGAUUUGAAGGAGAACAAACGGAAGAUGUACAACUACUUCGUUAAGGUCAAAGGACAAAGGAAGAUCAUUUGCAAGAACGCGAUCCUGAGCAUAUUCCGCAUCGGCAGGAAGAAGUUCGACGUCAUUCGUAAGUUCGUGUGUCCGAAAUGCGACUGGAAGUACAAGCACUUCGCCUCGCUUCGUUACCACCUGACCUACCAGUGCGGAAAGGCUCCGGCCUUUAAAUGCGAGAACUGCUCGUUCCUCACCAAGCAUAAAUCGGCCCUCAAGAGACACGUUCUGAACUACCACAGACGCUUUCAACUGAUCUAA